AUGACCCCGUUUUCAUGUCGCAAAACCAGCCUGUUGAAAGCCAUUUGCAUCUUUGCUUAUUUUGCAUCUGCAGCGCAUGCUAACGAACCGGAUGCGGCGCUGGAGGGUGUUGUAGACCUCACCAGCAAUAACUUUGACAGUAGUGUGGGAAAGGACGUGGCAGCGCUGGUGGAGUUUUACGCGCCAUGGUGUGGACACUGCAAAAACCUCGUACCGGAGUUUGCCAAACUCGGCCGCGCCGCCGCUGGGGCCAAGGAUAAAGUUCUCAUUGCUAAAGUGGAUGCCACAGCCCAAAAGGACCUCGCAACUCGCUUUGAGGUGAAUGGGUACCCAACCAUUCUCUUCUUUCCUGCUGGCUCGCAGAAGCCGGAGAAAUACAGCGAGGGUCGCGAGGCGAAGGCGUUUGUUUCGUACCUUAACAACCAAAUAAAGGGCUUGAACCUUUUUCUUCCCCGUGAACACAAGUACGUGAUGGCGCUGGACCAAUCCAACUUUGACAAAGUGGCACUGGACGAAGGGAAAGAUGCGUUUGUUUUAUUUUACGCCCCCUGGUGUGGACACUGCAAGCGCCUCCAUCCCUCGUUUGAGAGUCUCGCGAAGGUGUACCAAAACGAAAAGGACCUCAUCAUUGCUAAUGUCGACGCUGAUGACAAGAGCAACUCUGAGGUGACGAAGCGCUAUAAGGUGGAGGGCUACCCCACUCUCGUUUUCUUUCCAAAAGGAAAUAAGGGCAACCCGGUGAACUAUGAGGAGGGACGAACCUUGGACGAUAUGAUCAAGUUCGUCAAUGAGAGAACGGGGAAAAAACGCACCAGCAGCGGUGAUUUUGACAAAACUGUUGGUGUCGAUGAAACCGUCACGAACCUCAUGAAGGAGAUGGCACAGUCAAGCAAGAACAAGGAGGAGAGGGAACGCCUCCUCGCGCAGAUUCAGCAAGCCGUCUCCCCCAAAGCUCUAGGCGAGGGUGCCAUGCACUACAUCCGUAUUGCUACUAAUGUCCUUGAGAAUGGUCAUGAGUAUAUUAGCAAGGAACACGAGCGUGUCGGCCGUCUUCUGAAGGGAAGUCUGACAGGUCCGAAGAGGGAUUCGUUGACGAUCCGAUUCAACAUUCUUUCGGCAAUCAAAGGUGAGUAA